AUCUGCGUAUAGAUACGUAAAAUUUGUCAUCGCGCCUCCGCGUACAUAUCGACCGUUACCUAGUUAGGCCUACUAAUGUUUAUAUAAUACGCACAGUUUUCUAAAGGAUUUUCAUUUUUGUAUCUUGUACGAAGACUGAUAGCUGGUUUAUAUUAUUUAUUAUAGUUAAUUGUAUAUACUUCAUGGAAACGAUCUGCGAAGGCGAAUUAUGGGGAGAACCAACAGACAAGAAUGCGUUCCCCAGCAUAACAUCAAACACCAAUAUGACAGGAAAACGAGAUAUCAAGCGUACUGCAAUGGGCGAGUACAUUAUCUCAGAUGGGGAGGCACCAUUAACUCAGCAAGCUAUUCCGCUACCAGGUCCAGCAGACUAUCAACCAAAGUCGCACCUGACGUCACCAUUAACACCACAAUACUCUAUUGUUGGCCGGCCGAAGCCUCCGAAAUUGCCGCAUCACCCAGGACCAGCAGACUAUGAAACGUACGGAGAUUUAGUUUUGAGGAAUAAACACGUGACCUUCAAAUCUAAGGGUAUCACAUGUCCUCAUGGUGUACCAAGUGAACAUCACUUGACGUGUAGUCUGGGACCUGCUGGUUAUUCUGUUCAGUACAACAACACAGGGAAACAUGCGCCGAAAGUUGGCAUGUCAUCCCGACAUGCGGAAGGGGUGAACGCGGGGCAUCCUAGUCAGCUCGUCCAACCUGUCGACACCUACGGUGUUCGAACACCUGGACCUAAUGUGUAUCGUCCUAAAUCUCCGACUCGUGGUCCUAGGAAAUCGUUUGGAUGCAGUCGUCGUACUAAUGCGGAUACCCUUGGCCCUGGACCUGCCGGCUACACGAUUGAAGAAACAAGUCUACCAGGACACGGGCCGGCAUACAGCCUUUCGAAGAGAUUAUCAUCGGAUUGGCAAAAAGUGACUGACAAUCCAUCUCCUAAUGAAUACAAUAUCGGUACUACAAUAGGCAAAGGAGUCGCUAUGUCGAUACACAGUAGACAACCACUGCGAAAGAAAGGAGAUGACUCGAAAAACAAAGCUGGGCCAAGUCCAAAUGCUUACAUAAUGCGUGAUCUUAUGACGUAUUCGAACGCUCCGGCACACAGCAUGACAUAUAAGCCAUUUGAAAAUACCCAUGCAUUUUCCUGUGGCAGACAUUGCAAACCCUGCUUCCCUGAUAUCCUGGAAUAUCCAGAUGUGGUUAAGGAUAAUACUCCCGGCCCAGGUGCAUACCACAGACCUAGAAAGUUCACAGACAACGACAGACCAGCCUAUACUAUGAAAGGACCAGCAAAAUCAAAAACAAACGAAGUUCCUGGACCAAAUCAUUAUGACAUUUCAGUAUCGCAUCGUCCAGACGGCAAAUCGGCUCCACGUUUUUCGAUGGCAAAACGCUGCACAAAGCCAGUUAUAAAGAAUGACAACCCUGGGCCAAACGUCUACAAUCCACGUGCAGAUACGAAUGACGGUCCAAGCUACAGUAUGACUAAACGACCCAAACAAAUGAGACUGAAACCAAGUCCGGCUCCAAACUCCUACACUGUGGGGACCGGUCAAACCAGUAAAGGACACUACACUGGGCCAAAAGCAACCUUCAAGUCACGUGGUAGUCCGUACGUUUACGGCGGAUACGCCUUGCAGGCUUCAGUAAGACUUCUGCAAAAUUAAUUCAACAUUGUGUUCAAAAUCCCACAAGUGUCACUCUGUUAAUAAUAAACAUUUGGAAAAUUGCUCAAAAAUG